AAACCCAAACGUCACCUUACUUCUUAACCAAAACUCUUAUUGAUUUGACAUUUUAUAAUGUGUUUAAUUAAUUAGCAUGAUAAUGUUGAAUUUAUUUAUUAAAAAUCCUCAUAUAUCAGUUGCCGAAAAUGGCACAUUAUUUUGGUUCCGAAAAUCUAGAUACAGUAAACCUCAACCAAUUAGGAUUAAAGCUAGUUGAUCUUCCAACUGAUGUUUUACUGUGGAUUUUCAAAUUUUGUGAUGCUGGAACCUUAAGAUCCUUAAGUAAAACUUGUAAAAGAUUGAACGAAGUUGUUUCAGAAGAUUCUGUGUGGGUGAAAUGGAGUAAUAACGCCCUAAUUACUAAUCAGAGAUCAGAUUCUGUGUUAAAAAGGUCGUUCAUAAAGUUAAAAGCUAAGGAAAGAUGCAGAAUAAGCACAAACUGGAAAUAUGGUUACUACAAGGAUAGAAAUCACUACACUGGUGUAAAGUAUAUGCCAUGGCUAUGGCUAGAAUCCCAAGUACUAUGGAUAACUCAAGGACCACGUAUCCUAGGGGUACCGAGACUGAAGGAUGGCAUCAAAUGGCAUUCUCCACACUGCAUUGUCAAAACGGCACACACUGACGACAUUUCUCGCUUUGUCAAAGCAGACAAUGUCAUAUUCAGUGGUGGGAAGGAUAAAAACAUAUGUGCUUGGUCAACUGAAUCAAACAAGUUAUUGUUUUGUCAACGGAGCAACCACACACAAGACAUCCAAGACUUGGAUGGUAAAAGAAACAUAAUAGUAACAGGCUCCAAAGAUGGCACUGUUAAGGUAUGGCAGUCCCAUGAUGGGUUUAGUUCGUUGCUGUGUGGCUGUACCAUCAAGGUGUCAGACCGUGUGUGGUCUGUAGCUAUGGACCCAUCCCUCAGCUGUCUUGCUGCUGGAUCUGCAGGUUACUAUGGCGUCCACCCACUUCACUUGUAUGAUUUGGAUCGAGGAAUAGAAAGAUUGAUGACCAAAAGUGUAGUGAAGAAUGGAGCAGCUGUGUUUGACAUCCAAUGGGAGUGCCCUAACACUCUGGUUACCUGUGGAUUUGAUGCCAUUCUGCGUCUUUGGGAUAUAAGGGUAGGCUGCUGUGUAGCCAACUGGUCUGAUCCGUUUGGAGCCGCAGGAUAUUCUCUUGCUACAGAUUGUGAAUGCUCAAUGUUGUGUGGAACUGCUACCCACGGUAGAGUACAGUUUUGGGACAAGCGCUCACCACACAGUAUACAGGCAUUCUUCGGUCGUGGAGUUGCCAGCAGUCCGGUAUACAGCCUCAGUUUUGACCCAAGUCAGCUGUUCAUUGCCCAAGACUCCUGUGUCAAUGUCCUUGACUUCUCUCAUCACCUUGAACCUGAUGUCCAAUGCGCUGAUUACACCUCAUUCUGGACCAACAACAGAAAUAUACAAGUGCUGUGAUUAUUGCUCUACUACAAUAUCUGGGUUUUUAUUCUGUUAUGUUUGUAUUUGUUUGGUAUUAAAUACUGAAUUGUGAACACA